AUUCUAACCAAGUAAUCGCUUUUGCAGCAAACUGACUUUUCCAUUUCUCUCUCCCUAAAUUUUAAUUUAUGGUUUACUCACUCUGCUCCUCUUUCCCAUACUCUAAACUCAUCCUCCAUUGACCACCACCUCCUCAGCCAUGUCUCCGCCGUCGUGUUCUAACAUCACAAUCCACCUUUAUCCUCUAAUAUUGUUGAUCCUCCUCCGUACCGUGGUCGUUUUAUCAGCUGCCGAUUUAAACUCCAAUCAGACCCGGCGGCCGAUGGUAAUUCCUCUCCAUCUUUCAACGUCUAACAUUUCUAAUCAUCGCACUGGUGACUACCACCGCCGUCAACUCCAGAAUUCCGACCUACCUAACGCUCAUAUGCGACUCUACGAUGAUCUCCUCUCCAACGGUUAUUAUACAACGCGGCUGUUUAUUGGUACUCCACCGCAAGAAUUCGCUCUAAUUGUAGAUACUGGAAGUACUGUGACCUAUGUUCCCUGCUCUACGUGUGAACAGUGCGGCAAGCAUCAGGAUCCGAGGUUUCAACCGGAUUCGUCUAGCACUUAUAAACCGAUGAAAUGUAACCCUAGUUGUAACUGUGAUGAUGAAGGAAAGCAAUGCACUUACGAAAGGCGGUAUGCUGAGAUGAGCUCUAGUAGUGGUGUGCUUGCCGAGGAUGUUCUUUCUUUUGGAAACGAAAGUGAUCUCACGCCUCAGCGUGCUGUUUUUGGUUGUGAAACUAUGGAAACUGGUGACCUUUUCAGCCAACGUGCUGAUGGAAUAAUGGGGUUGGGUCGUGGUCGGCUCAGUGUUGUUGAUCAGCUUGUCGAAAAAGAGGUUGUUAGUGAUUCGUUUUCUUUAUGUUAUGGUGGAAUGAAUGUUGGUGGUGGUGCUAUGGUUCUCGGUAGUAUAUCUCCACCCUCUGAUAUGGUUUUCACUCAUUCCGAUCCCUAUCGCAGUCCUUAUUACAAUAUUGAACUGAAGGAAUUACAUGUUGCUGGGAAACGGUUGAAGUUAAACCCAAGAAUCUUUGACGGAAAGCAUGGAACAGUUUUGGACAGUGGUACUACAUAUGCUUACCUUCCAGAAGAAGCUUUUCUUUCAUUUAAGGAUGCUGUCAUGAAAGAAAUCAAAUUCCUGAAACAGAUCCAUGGUCCUGAUCCAAAUUAUAAUGAUAUUUGCUUUUCUGGUGCCGGAAGGGAUGUUUCUCAACUAUCAAAAAUAUUUCCAGAGGUUAAUAUGGUAUUCAACAAUGGUCAAAAGCUGUAUUUGUCUCCAGAGAACUACCUCUUCCGGCAUACGAAGGUUAGUGGUGCAUACUGCUUGGGAAUUUUCCAGAAUGGAAAGGAUCCAACAACUCUUUUAGGAGGAAUUGUCGUGCGGAACACUCUUGUAACCUAUGAUCGGGAGAACGAUAAGAUUGGUUUUUGGAAAACUAAUUGCUCUGAACUAUGGAAGAGGCUGCAAGUUCCUGGUGCUCCUGCUCCUGCACCUGCAGUUUAUCCUAGUGGUAGUGGAAGUGAAGGCCUUCCUCCUACGCAAGCCCCGAGUGGAUCGUCUCCUGAUUUCUUACCAGGUGAAAUUCGAAUCGGGAUUAUAACAUUUGAUAUGUUGAUAAAUGUCACCAACUCUGACAUGAAGCCUAACUUAACAGAAGUGGCAGAAUUCAUUGCCCAUGAGUUGCAAGUUGAUAAUUUACAAGUUCAUAUGUUGAAUUUCACCUCAGAAAGGAAUAGUUAUCGUGUCAGAUGGGGCAUCUUCCCUGCACAAUCUGCAGAAUACAUUUCUAGUGCCACAGCUAUGAACAUAAUUUUGCAGUUGAAGGAUCACCGAUUGCAUUUUCCUGAGAAAUUUGGUAGCUAUCAGUUGGUUGAAUGGAAGAUUGAGCCCCCAAGAAAGCGGACAUGGUGGCAUAAACACUUGUUAGCAGUGGUUGCCGGAGCUGCGAGCAUUGUGCUUGUUAGUUUAUUAAGUAUUGGGAUAUGGAUGGUGUGGAGGCAUAGACAACGAGCUUUAGGUACAUAUGAGGCUGUUGGUGGCAUUGUUCCUGAACAAGAGCUCCAACCAUUAUCAUCUUAACAUUUUCGGCUUAUGCCCGCCAAAAAUGAAUAUAGGAUUUGCUUAUUUACCGAUUAAAUCUGAUAAUUUUUGAGACGAUAAAAUGUGAUGUUGAUCCCGCUGUCGCAAAAUGGAUAUAAUUGAAAGGGAAAUAGAAAGAAAAAUAGUGAGUAGUUGCAUAGAGAUUUGGGGUGGAUGUUCUGUACGGGGACAGUUAUGUGUAUCAUAAUUCAUAGGCAUAUUGAUGAAACAUUCACCUAAAGAAA